AUGGGGGAAUUGCGGUGCAAAGUAAUUCUACUGGGUGAUGGCAAAGUUGGCAAGACUUGUCUUCUUUAUAGCUACGCGAAUGGAUUGGAGUAUCUGGCAAGACGAGAGGAUUAUAAUCCAACCCUACUGGAGAACUAUGAACUCUUACUCCCUAUUAAUGAAUCCAACAAGAAUACUACAGAACCUAAAACCGUGAGGUUGAGUUCGUGGGAUACUGCAGGACAGGAAGAGUUUGAUGAACUUCGUCGAAUGUGUUACACUAAUAAUGUUUCACGAGGUAGAAAAGAAAAUGUCCAAUCUAGAGUAGUUUCAUCAUGUGAAGUAUCAGUUUUUAUUCUCUGCUUUGCAUGGGAUGAUCCUCAGAGUCUUACAAGUGUGCAAAUGCGUUGGUAUCGUGAGAUUAGACGUGUAGAACAUGAGAUGGCAUAUUCUAAUAAUGACAAUCGCCGAAGACGACCAUUUAAUGUGUUGUUAUGUGGGACGAAGUUUGAUUUGCGGGUUGAGGCAGAUAAUCGUGGGAUUACUCAAGGAAUGGUCACACGAGAACAGGCGUAUACUGUACAACAAAGUAUAAAGGCUAAUGCGUUGGUAUGGUGUAGCUCUAAAACAGGCCUCGGUGUUAGGGACGUAUUUCACACAGCUGUUUUGCUUUGGCUACAAGACCAACCGUUGUACAUGAAUCCCCAGUUAAGGAUUUACGCCCAAGAUGAUUCAUUAACAUGCGAAGAUGAUGAUACCGUUGAGACGAAUGAUGUCGGAGUAACUGCUAGAAGCAGCUGUCAAUUGCUUUGA